AUGUUGCCAAGUGCUCCAGCUCCGCUAGCUCAUUUUCUACUAUUUCUCCAUUUAAUUCACUCAGCACGGCCAGAAGAUGUAUUUGAUGUGCGGAUCCACGAGGGAGCCGACAAGGGAAGCCGGCUCACCAUGAGCCAAGAUCUCCAAAAGUCCACUGAGCCACUGGGUCACUGCUUCGGACAGCUUGAAACCGAUGUGGAUUGGAUUGAGUGGAAGUCGAGCAGAAGCGCGUUUUAUACGACGGCACAAAUGCCAAUUUCGGCUACAAAAAACUCGAAUAAUUUAGUGGGAAGUCUGCAUUUACUCUGCGCUGGAAACCAGAUGCACACGUUCCCAUUCCGAGUUCAUAUCACCCAUCGGAACCACCAUCCACCCACAUUUUCUAAGAACUCAUUCAAAUUCCAUGUGCCAACAACUCUUCCCAUUGGCUCAGUGAUUACGACACUAGAGGUGAAGGAUCAGGAUCCUGUGAUCUACAAUUCGGAGCGUCGGUUAGCCUUCACCAAAGACGAGCCACUGGUGGAUAUCCUGCAGGACGGAACUUUGAAGCUAAAGUCAGAUUUGAGCAUCCUCACACCCUACACACCCCAGAGAAUGCAGAUCUUGGCGAUCGACUACGGAAGCCCUCAGCUGUUCACUAUCGCCAACAUCACUCUGAUCCCAGUGACCGUAUCCAUGGUCCGGGAGCUUCAUGUCAAUGUGGCCACCGAGGAGUAUCAGAUUUUUGAGUGGGAACAUCCGCAGUACGGCACUGUAGAUAAAUAUCGGCUCGGGAUUCGACGCGACGAUCAGGUGGUGUAUGAGGAGGAGCUGGAAGCCGCGAAAACUCUGGCACUGACCAAGAUUAUGCUUUCCAACUCGAUGAACGUCAGUUUCCAAGUGACUGCAAUUGACGAGAAUGGGGAGACUUCGAGUGAAUGGACACAGAUUGGACCAAUUGAUAGGGACGUAAUCUGCAAGGGAGAAUGUUCUCGUGGCGGCACACCUCUCUGCUAUGUUGGCGCCUUCAACCGCGUCGAGCAGUUCAUCGAUGCUCGCGGAGCCCACUGCCUUUGCUAUCCGGGAUUCAUGGGUGUCUCGUGUGAGACUAUCGAUCGAUGUGCGCCCGAGAGGACGGUUGACGUGUGGGGAGGGAUCGACUGGACGGAGGUUAACACGAACAUUUCGCUGUUGGUGCCUUGCCCCUACAACGUUGUAACCGAGAACAAAUUCCUCGAACGACGCUGCUCAUGGGACUCGGAAGCGGGCCGCGCUGUCUGGGAACGACCUCAGGAUCGAAACUCGUGUCAGACGCAAACAUCUGUCCUUGCACAUCUGGGACUGAUUGGAACGUACUCGGCGAAAGCUGCCAGUAUUUCUGCAAUUAAUACGGUGACAAGAUUCGUUCGCGACCUGCUCUCCUACCCCAGCUUCUCACGUGAGAUCUCCAAACACGCACACUUUGACCAAAAAAUCGCCGAGAUGACUGCUCUAAUCCUUGACUCUGUAGUUCAAGCCGACCUAGACCGUGUCCCAGGCAACACUACAAUGCUCCGUGCGGAGACCUGGAGAAUCAUUGAGCAGUUUUCCCAGAGCUUACCCACCCCGUACUCGUUAAGCUCCCCGGAUAACGGAAUCCACAUAAAAUCCAUAGAGUGGGUGAAGAACACAGAGCCAAAUGAUAAUCUAGUUGGCAAAAAGUGUCGAGUUCAGUUGCCGACUACAGAUGAGAAUCACGUUGUUCGAGUGGUAUGCACUUCUAAUGCGACGCUCUUCGAGCUCCUCGAGCCAAAGAGCCCGGUUCUUUCGAUAAAACCUGACAGCCUGGAACCAUUUGGAACUACACGGAUGUCGAUCUACAUGAGAUUCCCUGAUAUAUAUGACAAUUACACGUGUGUCUAUUAUGAUGAGGAGGAGAAGGCUUGGUCGACAAAAGGGAUCCGAAGAAUUGAGCACAGCUAUCAUGGAUAUGUCAAGUGUGAGACAAAUCAUUUUGGGGUGUUUGCUUUGUUGCCGGAUCGUCUCUUCUACAAUUCGGAGUCGUUUUGGAAGGAUCUUGCGAAUCACAUGCCUACCGUAACCUCGUUUGUCACACUGAUAUGUACCGUACUGCUAUUGUUCAUGGCGGCAGUUCAAAAAAACCAACCAAUCGACUGUGCCUUCCUCUUCUACCUCUUCUUCGUCUUCAUGAUCCACCUGGCCCACCUGCUUCUCUUCUUGGCUCCACAAGUCGGCGAACCCUUCACCUUCUCCACCCUGCUUCACUUCAUCCUCCAAUUCUGCGUCAUCGCCUCCGCCGGGCUCUUGUGCCUAGUGCUCUACUCAAUCCACACGACGAUCAUCAGCUACGACAUCAAAGAGGAAGAGCCGCAGGGAUGCUUUUCAAAACCGUUCCACGUGUUUGGCAUGGGAAUUUUGACCCCAUCGAUCUUCACCUUCUCCACUUACUACCUGCUCGACGGACGGGAUCUGGAUAUUGCGAGACUUUUUGAGCGGACGGAUUGGCUUUUCAUCUCCAACUACCUUCUACCGACCGCAGUUUUAUUCUCAAUUUCCGUGGUUUACGCUAUAUGGAAUGUUUAUAUCGCUAGUGGAACAAGAACCAAUCGCCGCUGCUCCUCGGACAGGCUUCUUGCCUUGGGACCUGCCAUAAGUGCCUCUGUUUCUUCGCUUUUUAUGGUGUUCUGUUUCUGCUCGGCACUGCUCCUAUUCUUCUUCCGUGAGCACUCCCCAAUGGCCAUAUUUUUCUUUUGCCUGUUCCAGUUUUUCCACGUGGUUAUUGCCUUUUUCUUCGCUUCGUAUUUGUUCAGACUCCGUUUCCUACUGCAGCGGGGCUUUGACAGUAACGAUUCCACGGACUCUCUCGAACGAAAACGCGACAUUUCCCGAGCCCUACUGGAGCACGUCGACACCAAAAGUGACAUCACCUCGAAGCACGUGGUAGUCGACGGAGGCUUUACCGAGGCAGGCUUCACCCCGGCAACUCAUUACCAGUACUCCCCGUCGGAGUAUAUCCCACCUGGCUCCAUGACCCAAAUCGACAAUAAUAACAGAUACUUGGCUCUCCAACAGAACAUUUUUGAACGGGCUCCGAUGGUGAGCAUCGUGUAGCCGCGCCCCUUUCUUGGAGUGUUGUAGCAAGUGUGCUCUAGUGGUAAUUAGCAUUAGAGCGCGUUUGCAAUCCCCAAAAGCUUUAUCUCAACUCUUUCAUUUUGUUCAUCAUUUCACACCUCAAUUUUGAAAUACCGGUAUUUUCAGUGUUUUUCCGUUUUUUCCAGUCGAGACCCAUUUUACAAAAGUAUUUUAUUGAAUAAAAUUUUAAAAAAAUUGUU